AUGCUCGCGCUGCUCAGUCGUGCUCGAGCCUUUCAGAUGUUCGCCCGAGUUUACAGAUCCGCCUCCAUUUUAACAUCGUACCGGCGAAAAGACACGGAUAAAGCAAAUUCGCCCGGAUUUCGAGAUUAGAUUCAAUUUGCAACGCUUCCCCCCCCUCCCCAUCCCUCCAUCUCCAUCUCCAUCUCUUUGCUCGGCGGCGUUGGUACAAGAGAGACGCUUUUGUUUCCUGGAGGACGUUAGAGAGCACGAAGGGAUGCAGCGCCGAUUUACACCGGCAGCAACAUCCGCGAUAUAACUGCUGUAUAACCCCCCAAAAAUGUGCACGCUUAGACGAACUGAAAGGGGAAAAUAAAAAACGAUAUUAAAAAUUAAAAACGUCAUUCGGGUAUAGAUUACAAUCCUUGGUGAAGUUAGCGACUGAAAGAAGCCUGCGAGCAGGAAGCAAGUUGGCACAGAUGAGCUUCUGCAACUGAGAAUAACACACCAAGAAAGAUCAUUAACACAUUGGGACACACACACACACACACAUAGUUGUCCGCCCACUGACACACACACAUUCACACACACAUAUACACACAGAUGGCACUAGAAAACUCCACAUUCUCUUCUCGGCCAGAGUCCCUCUCUCUGCCGGUCCCAGAGAAAGGGGAGGUGCCUGCUGAGGAGACCAAAGAAGAUGCUCCUACCACUGGAGUAUUUAAUGUAUCUGAGGAACUUGGGCAUGUUGUAACCACAGAGACAUCAUCACCCCCGCAAGUGCCCUCUAACAACAACAUGUCAUUCCAGGACAAAAUGGCUGCCCGGGAAGCACAAGCCAAUCAGCCCAGGAAGAAAAUGCCAGCGGCAGGGCAGGAGCGAGGAAAGUUUGGCUGGGGACGCAGUAAACGCAAGAGGCAACGAUAUGUGGAGAAAAAUGGCCGCUGUAAUGUACAGCAUGGCAACAUGCGGGAAACUUACCGCUACUUGACGGACAUAUUUACCACUCUGGUGGAUCUGAACUGGCGCUGCUCGCUCUUUGUUUUCGUCAUGGCCUACGCCGUCACCUGGCUUUUCUUUGGUGCUAUUUGGUACCUAAUUGCAUACUGCAGGGGAGAUCUGGAUCAUUUGGAGGAUGAUACGUGGACUCCAUGUGUGAAUAAUGUGAACGGAUUUAUCUCCGCUUUUCUUUUCUCCAUCGAGACGGAGACCACCAUCGGAUAUGGCCAUCGUGUCAUCACUGACCAGUGUCCUGUGGGCACCAUGCUUCUGCUUUUGCAAGCCAUACUCGGCUCAAUGGUCAACGCUUUUAUGGUUGGCUGUAUGUUUGUGAAGAUCUCUCAACCAAACAAGCGGGCAGAGACGCUGGUGUUCUCCCGGAACGCGGUCAUCUCUCUACGGGACGAUAAGCUGUGUCUGAUGUUCAGAGUUGGCGAUCUGAGAUCCUCACACAUCGUGGGAGCCAACAUGAGAGCGAAGCUCAUCAAAUCCAAACAGACCCAAGAGGGUGAAUUUAUUCCGCUGGAUCAGACAGAUAUCAGUGUGGGCUUUGAGACAGGGGAUGACCGCUUGUUCCUUGUGUCUCCAUUGGUCAUCUCUCAUGAGAUUGACUCACGUUCACCAUUCUGGGACAUGUCCCAGGCACAGCUAGAGAAGGAAGACUUUGAGAUUGUUGUUAUUCUUGAGGGCAUGGUGGAAGCUACAGGUAUGACAUGUCAAGCACGGAGCUCCUAUUUGGCUGAGGAGGUGCAGUGGGGUCACAGGUUCAGCCCGAUGAUGUCCUUGGCCGAAGGAUUCUUUGAUGUGGACUAUGGUGCAUUUCAUCAUACCUUUGAGGUGGACACUCCUUCUUGUUCAGCCCGAGAGCUUGCAUUGGCUGCUGCUCGCCUGGAAGCUCAUCUCUAUUGGUCGAUCUCCAGCCGACUAGAUGAAGAGAAGUGGGAGGGGCCUAACCUGACCGAGCAGUCAAAAAACCCUGCUGAUUCCGAAUCUGUCAGUGGAAAAGAUGGAGACGGACCAACAUUCAUUGUGGGUGGAGUUACAGAAACCCAGGAACAGCCAGUUGUAGGGGAACAGAAUGGGAGUGUCACUACAGACCAAUCAGAAACUGAGGCCUAAGAGAAAGAAAGUAAGAAUGCAAGUAUUUUUAGGGUUAGAAAGUUAAUAUUAUAUUAGAUUUGAUUGUGAAACAAUCCAUGCCUUCUUCUACAAAUCUUAACCAUUUAGCCUCUAAUGUAUAGCAUAGAAUACCUUUCCCCAACGGGGAAGUCACUCGGUUUGUUGGUUUUAAAAGCAGACAUUUGAAACUGUCCUGCUUUAAAUUCAGGCAGGGUGUUUUCACAGUUGACAUUAGGUUUCCUGAGACCAGUCAUUACACAGAAUUCACAAAACUUACACAGGGUAUACUUGCUUUCACUAUACACAAUGUUUUCAUUUCGAAGCAUGGCUGACUGGACAGAUUGUUUGUAUUGAGGAUAUGCUUGCUAUAUUACAGUUGAUGGAAGUGCCAUGCAACUAGAACAUUAUAAUCCCUGGGGUUCUCUUUAUCAGCUUUUAACAGGAUUUUGACUGCCAGGAAUUUAUUGGUAUUUCUACCUGUUUUUCAGUACCGUCUCUCAAAUGCAGGAAAUUGAUCUAAUGGGCAUGUGAAAUGCCUCUUUUGUUUAAAACCAUAAAUCGUACAGUAUUUGUGUCUGUUAUUUUAAAGUCACAGUCGGCCUUACAAAAAUAUCUUGCACAGAGUUGACUUUUUUUCUUUCUUUUCUUUUUUUUUUUUUGAUGUAACAGGGGUUUGUUACUUAACUAUUCUCACAACAAUUCUUAAAUACUGUACAUAUGUUCCGGGGAUGAUGCAUUUCAGAGGAAGUGAUAAACUAGGGUCAGAGAUUCAUGACUUUAAAAGAAUAGUCUAAUAAAAAAAAUGGUAGCAGAGCCGUUCAGAGAGCUAGUAGCCAUCAGUUGGCAAUAUGCCACACACAUCAUGUUAAUUAAUGGCUACUGGCUUUCAUUUAUACAACGCCAUGUCAGCAUUUUUGCUCCUACUAUUCAUUUCAUGGCUGCUCUCUUGUCUUCAGAGCUGCCAAUAAAUUUAUGAUGAAUUACAUUGGUGAGUGCAGGCUACUCUGAUGGAACAUAUUCCACUAAUAUUCUAGUCCAUUCUAUUCUUGGAAGCUGCCCAGAACCAAAGCAUUUCUAAUGCACAGUUUAAUUAUUCCUGUAAUGUCCUAUGGGAGGGAAACCUGCUGGUGCCUUUUCUGAUGUUUCUGGACCUUACAAGGAAUUGGAUCUGUGCAAUACUAUUAUAUAGCCAUAAAAAAUACCAGUCACGAUAUAUCAGCAUCGACUCAGUGAUAGUGCAUAGGAUUAGGAAUGUAUGGAUGGAUUUAUGGAGGAAAGAAAUCAUUCAUAUGAGAAAACAUUCAUUCAAACAAGUGAAUGAAUUCUAUUAUGCAGUAACAUGGAGAUGGAAGUAAAUGAAUACAUAGACCACUUACAUUUUAAUAAACCGGUAUAUAAAUAGAUUGCGAUAAGACCUCUUCUUCUGAGAUGAAUGUCAUAUUCAGGCUGGCUUUUUUAUUUAUUGCAUGUCAUACUCUGGGUUAAGCACACAAAGUUCAUACCAAACUUUAAUUCUGAGGCACACAUUGUUAUUCAGCUCUCAGAUAUAUCUACAUGCUUAAUAAGUGCUCAGACAGCAGUGAUUGCAGUUGGCAGGUGGGGUGUAGUUUGCCAAAGACCCAGAGGUUGAAGAUGACAUCAUCUUAAAUGAGUGAAAACUUCUCUUUAGGAUAGUGAGUUGAUCACUAUUUUUUUUGAUGACAAUGUAAACUGCUACUUAAAGUGAACUAGCAAUUUGAGAGCACAAAGAAGUAGAAAUAUUCAUGACAAUCAGCCUAUAUAUUCACAAUAUGUUAGGCUAGUGUUGGCAGAUUUGUCUUCUUGUAUAUCAUGUUUCAGAUCUGUAUUUUUUUAUUUACAUAUUGCUAUUAUGCUACACUGUAUUGUAUUUAUUAUCUAUCACCUGUCACUUCCUGCUUAAAGGCAAGUGAUUGUUUCAAAGGUGAUGGUCCAGACCUGUCAGAAAAUCUGGCAACCUCAGAGAUGCACAGGUAAUUAUAGUAACCUGAAUUCUCUGCCCAGAAACUGAAAAACACUUAUCAACAUCAGGUAUCUUUUGAACCUAAGUUGCACCAAAAUCUGAAAAUGGCCCAAAAUCUGGACCAGUUAUACAUACACUGACACACUGGUGGAUCUGUGCUAUCUUGGUACACCUAUUCUCACAUCAGGUAGGGUGGCAAUAUGGGCAUGUCACAUUCCUAUUUCACAAAAUAACAUCCUAAUGUACAGUUUAUCGAUUUCUAACGAAAUCCUUUUGUCAGGAAAUAUCAUACUGCCAGACUAUCAGACUAUCAAGCACCAGGGAAAACCUUUCUCUGAGAAUGAACUUGAUUAAAACAGGCUAUAAUAUUAAUUUAAAUAUUCAGUAAAGACUUAAAAUCCAGACUUAGUGGACCACAUCUUGGACCAUGUCUAUUCCAAGUGAGAAAAAUGUAGUAGCAGUGCGAUAGUGUUAUACUGACAAAGUAGCAGUUGUCAAAAAAAGAGGGAAAAAGGGAAAGCAUGUCACGGAAGUUGGUAGAUAAGCAACAGGCAAUAGUCAUGGGACACCAAACGCAAAUGGCAUUUAGCCGUAUGUUACACAUAUCAUAGCGAACCUUAGGAUUAUCUAUUUACGCAAUCAGUUGUUAUAGUUAUAGACCAGUUCGCUGCUUGUAGCCAUUUCACAGUGCAUUAUGGGAAUAUGCACGGUCUCUAAGGUACUGUGACCAUAACAUAUAGACAAUAGACUGUCUCUGUGUAUGUACAUAUUAUAUUUAUCUAUAUAUACAUUAAAUCAUAUGAGCACUCAAAAGUAAUACCAAUUAAGAGGUCUCGUUAUUGUAUGUAUUCUAGCAGUUGGGAUGUUUGGUAAUGUAGUAAGAACACUAACUAGACAGGGCCACUGUUUAGUGAUUUCCCUGCUCCAGUGCACCUGAUUUCGGUUAAUUAAAAACUGAAAAGCUGAGACUCAGAGCAUGGAAAACGCUAAGUGGUCCAGAGCUAAAGUUAUUUGGGUUUAAGAGCCCUGAAAUAGAGUGAAUUAGAGUAAGUAGAAUAAGUAGAGUAGGGGCAUUUAAUAUUUACCACAUUCAUUCUUAUAGCACUAGGUUAAUGAGCUGUUUUCUGUAUUUACUUUGGCUAGAAAUAUUCUUGACACUACUUUGGUAAUUCAUGAUUGUAUGUUUAAAGAAGCAAAUUCCUAUGAAGAAUUUUACCUUCUCCCUGAGUGUCCCAAUUGGCACUGUUAAAGCUAUGUAUACCUUAUAAAUUGUCUUACACAGAAAAGGACCAGAGAUGAGCAACUAUUUUUUUGGCUGGGGGCAGGCUAAUUUCUGGCCCAUAAAAAAUUUGAAAGACAUGAAAUGGAGAAACUAAAUUCUAAAGUUCUUCAAAAUUACAGUACAAUGUGUUGUGGUGAAAAGCAGAGGGUUAGUUAGGGAACAAGUGCAUAAUCUUGGUAUAUGCUUUAUUAGGACAAAUCCAGUAGUCGUAUGAAUUGUCCCUAUUAGCAGUCGAAACACAUGCAGGCAGUCUCAGGAGGAUAACCCAUAUUCGAAACAGCUGAGGGUCGAAAACAGAAAGUCUAACAAAACACAAUUCAAACUUCGAAUUCAUGAAAAUAAUGCAUGAUAAAAUUUUGCAAUGAACAAAGAACAACAGGAUAUAGAGAACAUAGGGAAACCAAAAUAAUCAAAGAUAAUCAAAACGUAACACAGAACAGGUGAACACAGUAAGGUAACAGACCAUUGAUUAGAGUGGGGCUUGGAACAGAAACUAAAAAAUGAUUGCUAUGAAUGGGGUAUGUGUAAGAAAUUAUAUGGUCCUGAACGUCUUAAACAUUACAGACAACACAUUUAAAUCAGAACGAUACCUUAAAUUCGAGUACAAAGUUAUAGCAAGAGCAGAAAUCGGAGGCAGUGCACUGCUGUUUUGGAAAUUCUUGUUUUGAUCUUUGAUUGAAUAUUUCAGAUAAGAUUAGAGUCUAGAUUUGUGAUUUAAUUUAGCCUUGAUGAGUUGCUCUGAAUGUUACAUUGAUUAGGGAGUAGACUGAGUAAAUGGAAGUGCAAGUGAAUGUGUAAUUACAAAGAAAUAAUAACUGACUGAAGAUAAUGUAAGUGUCUUGCUACAUAACCAGUGUUUUCAAAAUCAUCUUCCUUCAGGUAAUGAAGAGCUUCAUGAACUUGAUUUCGUCAGUCUAUGUACAGUCUAUGUUAAAUUCCAUGGCUCUGUUUUUAUUGCUUUUAAACAACAAAACAUAAAAAUAAUAUUGAGUAACUAACAUUUCACACUCAAUAUGGCCUGUUUCUUUUUGCUUCACUGUUGAAUAUAAAUCUUGAAGAAGCCACUCUCACUUUUAUAGCAUGUCGACUAGCUCGCUAGCUCACAUUCAUUUGUACUGAAAAGAAAAUACAUAUUUAGAUUCCCGAAAAUUGGCAUCCCUUCUUCAUUUUCAUCUUCAUCCCACAAGCAUAAAAAGAUAUUAGGUCAGAGGUAACGGUUUCAUACUAGCAAGAGGAAUUUUAUGUGGUGAACACAAGCGGACUGAGUGAAACGGUAAACAGUGAAAAAUGUCCCAGUGCGGUUGUGCUAAAUACUUCCACUCAUGGAACGCCGCUUGACCGUUCAAAUUAGCGUAUCUGAUUAACUGUUAUAUAAUUAAAGUAUGAAAGGAAGGCUUAAGAUUCAUAGCAUACACUAAAUAAUCAGCUCUGUAAAACUGUGCUCAAUUAAUUAGAAUAGCACCAAUUAAAAAAAGCUAUGUUUAUGAUCCCUAGGGAAUAUUUUACACUUUGAUUCCUGUCAGGAUAUAAUAAGUCUGAGUAAAUAAAUAAACUUUGUAACUACAUAAUAACCAAACAUUAUAUCAGAAAGCCAGGGGCAAAGUUCAGUAGUAUGAGUGAUCUUUAUUUGUGUGACUUUUGUUGUCUAUAGGCAACAUUUUGGGUGACGUUUAAAGUCUCUGAGCUUUUGUGUUUAAUGAACUGUAGAAGUUGCAAUACAUGCCUUUUUAAUACAGUCUUUCUAUAUGGCUUUUUAUGUCAUGUGCCAAUUGGACUUUUUUGCCAACUUCUUUACAUCCUGUAGAGAGACACAAUGUAUUGAUAAAAAAAAAAAAAUAGCCCAUCAUUUUCUUUCUCUUUCUCUCUCUGAAAUCUUGCUGUAUAAUGUCUUGUAAGCAGUCGGUAGCACACGCAAAUAUUUCUUGCACAUAAAGUAUGAAAAGCACAAACCCUGUGUUCCUGGAACUUUUUUCCCCUUCUUGCUUUUGCUGCUCUAGACAUUUUUUAAUCUAUGUUUUUAAUCUGUAUGAUUACCUGUAUUAGAAAUGACACAAAUAAUAAUAAUAAUAAAAAAAAAAAUACAA